AUGAGCAAUUCGACUCUACUAAGGACCAUCCCUAGAGUGUCAAACUAUAGCACAUUAAUGAACGUCAACAAAAGUCCAAUACGGCUUUUGCUUCUGAAAAGACGGCUUGCCACACAUCCCGCAAUACUGUAUGGCUCAUCUCAUAUCAAGAGUCCUUUGGUUCAUUUACACAGCCGCAUAAGCAAUGCCCGUGGAGCAACGAAUUCUAAUGUUCUGCAUUUUGCGAUUUCCAAGAGGUCGAUAUCAAACUUUCCCAAAAUAAUCUCUAGAGUUAUUCGACUACCUAUAUAUGUAGGCGGCGGUAUGGCUGCUGCAGGGAGUUACAUAGCUUAUAAGAUGGAAGAGGCCAGUUCUUUCACUAAGGAUAAGCUGGAUCGAAUCAAGGACUUUGGUGAAUCUAUGAAGGAAAAGUUCAAUAGGAUUUUUUCCGGCGAUGAGUCGCAAAACGGUGAUAAUGGAAAUGACGGUACAGUACCGACUGCUACUUUAAUAGCCGCCACAUCACUUGAGGAUGACGAAGGCAAGAAACAAGAAGAAUAUGAAGAAGAAGAUGAUGAUGAUGAAAAUGAUGAAAAUGAUGCUGUGGAUACAACUCAAGACGAAAUGCUAAACUUGACUAAGCAAAUGAUUGAAAUUAGAACUAUUUUAAAUAAAGUGGACUCCUCGUCUGCGCAUUUAACAUUACCGUCAAUUGUCGUGAUUGGUUCUCAAUCGUCUGGUAAAUCUUCUGUAUUAGAAUCUAUUGUUGGAAAAGAAUUUCUACCAAAAGGUUCCAACAUGGUUACAAGAAGACCCAUUGAAUUAACUUUGGUCAACACCCCUAACUCAAAUAAUGUAACCGCAGAUUUCCCAAGCAUGCGUUUAUACAAUAUAAAGGACUUUAAAGAGGUGAAAAGAAUGCUGAUGGAACUGAACAUGGCAGUCCCAACUUCAGAGGCCGUUUCUGAAGAACCUAUUCAACUAACGAUCAAAUCCUCCCGUGUCCCAGAUUUAUCGUUAGUAGAUUUACCUGGUUAUAUACAAGUCGAGGCUGCAGAUCAGCCAUUAGAACUGAAAUCUAAAAUUCGCGACCUGUGUGAGAAAUAUUUAACCGCACCUAAUAUUAUUUUGGCAAUUUCUGCCGCGGACGUUGACUUGGCUAAUAGCUCUGCCUUGAAAGCCUCUAAAGCAGCAGAUCCUAAAGGUCUGAGAACUAUAGGUGUCAUUACUAAACUGGAUUUGGUAGACCCUGAAAAAGCCAGAAGUAUUCUAAAUAAUAAGAAAUAUCCUCUUAGUAUGGGCUACGUUGGGGUGAUUACCAAGGCACCAAGCAGUAUAAAUAGAAAACAUUUGGGACUUUUUGGUGAAACACCUUCUUCGUCAUUGGGUGGAAUUUUUUCCAAAGGUCAGCAUAAUCAAAAUACAGGCGAUGAAAAUGUGAAUGGUUUGAAACAAAUUGUCUCUCAUCAAUUUGAAAAGGCUUAUUUUAGAGAAAACAAGAGCCAUUUUGCAAAUUGUCAAGUAUCCACCAAGAAAUUGAGAGAAAAACUGAUUAAAAUUUUGGAAAUUUCUAUGUCAAAUGCGCUGGAGCCGACUUCAACGCUUAUUCAACAAGAAUUGGAUGAUACUUCUUAUUUGUUUAAAGUAGAAUUCAAUGAUAGGCAUUUAACACCUAAAUCAUACCUUUUGAAUAAUAUCGAUGUACUAAAGUUGGGCAUUAAAGAAUUCCAGGAAAAAUUCCACAGAAAUGAGCUGAAAUCAAUUUUGAAAGCCGAAUUGGAUCAAAAAGUUUUAGACGUUUUGGCUACAAGGUACUGGAAGGAUGAGAAUCUUCCUGACCUAUCCUCUCCUAAAUUGGAAAGUGAUACCGAUAUGCUAUAUUGGCAUAAAAAAUUGGAAUUAGCAUCGUCUGGAUUAACCAAAAUGGGUAUUGGUAGAUUAUCAACAAUGCUCACCACCAACGCUAUUUUGAAAGAAUUAGACAAUAUUUUAGAAUCUACUCAAUUAAAAAAUCAUGAAUUAAUCAAAGACCUUGUGAGUAACACAGCAAUUAAUGUUUUAAACAGCAAAUACUAUUCAACGGCUGAUCAAGUUGAGAAUUGUAUCAAACCAUUUAAGUAUGAAAUCGAUUUGGAAGAAAGGGAUUGGAGUCUUGCUCGUCAACAUUCUAUUAACCUAAUAAAGGAGGAAUUGCGACAAUGUAACUCAAGGUAUCAAGCAAUCAAGAAUGCUGUUGGGAGUAAAAAACUGACAAACGUGAUGGGCUAUUUAGGAAACGAAUCGAAUUUGCAAAAGGAGACGCUUGGCAUGUCUAAACUAUUACUAGAAAGAGGCUCUGAAGCGAUAUUUUUGGAUAAGAGAUGCAAAGUGUUAUCAUUCAGAUUAAAAAUGUUGAAAAGCAAAUGCCAUUCGACUAUUGAAAAGGAUCGCUGUCCAGAGGUAUUUUUAUCCGCGGUUAGUGAUAAGUUAACUUCUACCGCUGUCUUAUUUCUCAAUGUUGAAUUACUGAGCGAUUUUUUUUAUAACUUUCCUAUUGAAUUAGACAGAAGGUUAACAUUAUUGGGAGAUGAACAAGUUGAGAUGUUUGCUAAGGAAGAUCCUAAAAUUUCAAGACAUAUUGAAUUACAAAAGAGAAAGGAAUUAUUGGAAUUAGCCCUGGAGAAAAUCGAUUCAAUCUUGGUAUUCAAAAAAAGCUACAAAGGCGUCUCUAAGAAGUUAUGA